AUGUCGUCCCAGAUCGAGUACAAUCAGAUGCCAAGAGAGCCUGCGCCAGCCGUGCUCUCGGAACACAAUAUUAGCUCUCAGCAACCUGGCCCAAAUCAGCCGAUGACGAUGGAUCAAACAGCGAACCUGCGAGGCGGUGGCGAUGGCGGAGUAAGUGAAACAAAACCACAAUCCAAUUCCCCCUUCCUUUGAGAAUCCUACGCAACCUGUAAUGUUGGUCGAAAUCAGGAACAAAGUUGCGCGGAAUCAGAAAUGAGUGACUGGAGACGCGAGGGAUGCUUUUUCUGUCCAGUAGAAGCACACAUUGGCUAACGUUACAACUCUCUUUCGAUAGGCUGUCUGCUGCGGCCUCUGCGC